GGUGAUUUAUCUUUUCAAAGAUGAUUUCAUGAAUAAUGCAAGCAGAGAAAAAAACAUGGUUUAAAAAGAGGUACUUUUUAUUAAAAAAUAACUAAUGUACUGCUUUAUUAGUUGGGGUUGACAUUCAAGUAGCAUGAUGUUGAAGGUAUUUAUUUUUCUUAUCUUUGGAACUAUUUCUUGUUCUGCUCUACAUCUAAACAUUACUGAUGUUGGAGAAUAUGGGAGACAAAACGUGUGGAGAAAAACGUUGUGCGAGAAACAUAGUGAUGUUCUUUACUCAGAUAUGGAAAAAUGCUUGCAGUUGGAGCCCAAAGCACUUCUAGGAGCUCUGGAUGAAUGUUUCACAGAAGUUGUACCCCAAGCGAAGACUGUUAUAGCUGCCUAUGUUACUGCAGCUUGUGAGAAAAAGGAGCUUUUCCUUAAAGUUGAUAGUUGCAUGGAAGAAUAUGAAGCUAAUGUGGGCUUGAAAAAACAAAUGGAAAUGGGAAAAGAAGCUGAGGAUUGUUAUUUUGUAGCAGCAAAGAAGCAUAACUUGCCUGAAUUGUUUUUUUAUUUCGAGAGUGCUCCAAAAAGCUAAAUUUAUUGAUCUCAAACAUCAGAAUAAAGUAGCAAAACUUACCAUAAGCAAUAAAUUUCUAUAAAAAAAUUGUGCGUGUGUAUUUUA